AUGGUCCACAAAAAUCGUUCUUCCCGCAAAUCAUGCCCCGUCAUGGAUGUCAGCCCAUUACGUCAUUCAUUAACUGCUUCAGUCAAUAAAUAUGAAUUGUCAUCUAGUCCACGCAUUGGCUAUAAACUAGAGGUGCCAACCCGUCCCUUGGGUAGCUCUGGAUCUUCAUCGAAUCAAUGGCAUUACAAUAACAUGAUCAUGAACAAUCGUCAAGAGUUCAAUAAUUUACAUUUCUGCUAAAACAUUUCAUUGGUGUUCGGCAAUCUUCGUACAUUAAUUUAAAUAAUAAAUGAAAUAAUAAUCGUUUGAUAAAAAAA